AUGCGUCGUGUCAAAAAGUCUCGUAAUGGGUGUGCCCGGUGCAAGAGCAAACGAGUGAAAUGCGGGGAAGAACGACCUCAUUGUAGUCGAUGCACCCGCCUGGGUGUCAAUUGCCCUGGAUACGUCCAGUCUCUGCGCUGGGUCACCAAGUAUCCGCCGCAGGCCCCCGGGGAGUCGAACAAAGAUCCCACUGGCGAUGUUCCCAGUGAUUCUCGCACCAUCCCGAAUCAAUGUUCCGAUCCCAAAGAUCUGACUACCAGCCCUGCCGACUAUGUUGACCCACUGACACAGUCGUUGGCCACGGACAAUGACAGCCUAAACUUCACCACUUCCGACGAUCCGGCCAAUCCGCAGGGUCUAGAAUUAGGCGGACCAAGCGGUAUAUGUGACAACUUAUGGGACUUACAGCAGUCAGGCUCGCUACCGGAACUGGCAGACCUCCAUUCUCCAGCAUCGGCAUCAACAGCUAGCCAAAAUAACCCGGCAUUGAACUUCGAGACACCGGGAACUAAUGCAGAUGAUCCAUUCGGGCUGUUCUCUUUGGCCGCGCCGAUUCUGCAAGAUGAGCCUCACAUCUUUUCUGGCUUUUCACCUUCUACGAUAGUACGCCAGUACCCUCCACCUGGCUCGAGGCCAUCACAGCGGGACUUCACCUCGAUUCCGCAGCCCCUCAACAACCCUUCGUGGACGCUCGUGGAGUACUACUUCAAAGAGGUGGCGGCCUUGUUCUCGAGCUAUGACAGUCAAAUGAACCCAUUCCGGUCGACGGUUUCCCGACUGUGGGGCUCGUCGUUGGCCAUGUGUCGAACCAUGCAGAGCAUGGCGGCCGCAACGCUCGUCCACGACUUUCCCCAGUUCGGACCACUAGGCCGGAAAAUGCGUGAUGAGGCAGUCGACAUCAUCACAAAGGAAUCGACACUGGACGACAAGUCACUCCUCGCUUUGCUGAUGCUUGGCCAAACGGCCAGCUGGCAUGACCCCAAGGACCUUGGCAUUUCCUUUUUCAACCUGUUGCGAAAUCAUCUGGACACCAAGCACGCCGGGCCACCAAUUCCAGGCCGUAGCAACAACCAUCAAUUCUUCGAAGAAGCUUUAGUCUACUGGGAAAUGCUCCUGUCAUUCGUGGCAGAUGAUUCGGCGGUCUUACCAGGAUCCGCGGCCGCCACAACGGGUGAAUCGCUCGUCCUACAACGCGUUCCUCAUCCAUGGACAGGCAUAGCGCGCGACACCCAGCAUACCGUCCAAGAAGUAGGAAGACUUAUACGUCGAGAGCGAAGACGAAUCCGCUCCCGCUGCUUUACCUCACACUCAGACAUUGCACGAGCCCAGCGCGCCAUGGCAAAAGCAACAGAGCUAGAAGAGCGACUUUUGGGUCUAGCACACCCAGCCGAAGCUGAAAUCAUCAGUCCAGGCGACGACGAAACCCCAGUCUGGCAUCUUCUCACAAUGGCCGAAGUAUACCGCUGUACUGGUCUAAUGCAACUAUACCGGGUCUUUCCCGAUCUUCUUCGCCAACGCCUACCCAUGCAACGGCCUUCCCCAAACCCACAAGCUCCAGAAUCAGCCAUGCAGGAUCCGUUUCUCUCUCCUCCAAUGGGCAGUAGUACAUCCUGGUACUGCGACCCUUCAUGUCCGCCCCCCAAACCCACCGACCCUGCCGAUCCAACAACAACAACAACCACCACCGCACAUUCAGGCUCCGAAUCCGACACUUACUACGAUACCUGGCUGACCGAAUUCGCCCUCACCACUCUUUCCCGCCUAAAAACCAUUCCCCUUGAGUCUCGUACCCGGUGUCUCCAGCCCUUCCUCCUCGUAGCCUCGAGCAGCGAGCUCCGUCUUCCCCGCCUGCCCCCACUAGACGCUACUCUGGACAGCAGCAACGGCCCAAGCAUCUCCUCCCAUGCCAUCGACAUCUCGCAAACCCGUCGGUUCAUCCUUGGCCGGCUCACCUCGUAUCUGCACGUGCUCCCUCCCAAGCCCAUUAGCGUCUGUCUGCAGCUGGUGCGGGAGGUUUGGCGGCGCAUGGAUGCCGGGGAACAGGACGUUUAUUGGAUGGAUGUGAUGAUAGAAAAGGGCUGGGAGACGACGAUGGGGUAGUCUUUCGAUUCUUGUGUUUGCUUGAAGUGCCAGCUGGGGACUGUAAUGAAUGAUGAACUUGAAAGGAUUUAGUAUUUCCUGUUCCAGGUGCUUUGUUCAUAUUGCUAGGGGUGUAUAUUUAGCGUUUCAUAGUAUUAGUACUAGUAUCUAGGUCGUUUCUU